AAUGUCAAUUUUUAUCUGUUUUCAAUUUGCAAUGGUUUCAUUUUUGGGUUUUUUAUUCCAUUCCAUUGCUGUCUAAGAUUUGUUGUUUUCAUUCUUGUUCUUGAAUUUUGCAAUUUAGUUAAGGGUUCAUAUUUACUUAUUACUAAUAAGUUACAUACCUCAUUUUAACAAGUAUUUUGAAUAGUAUAGUGUCCGUCAAUAAAUUGCGCUACGGGUUAUAACGACAGAUAAGGUCUAACUUCCCAAGUUUUGAUACGAAACCUACGGGUUUCCUUGGCGUAGUUGAAGUGCCUACUUCAACAUGCAUCUUGGAGUAAAUAUAUCGAACGCAUUGCAGCAGCUCGAGAGUGUGAAAGCUGCUGUAGAUCAAAGCGACGAUCCUAAGUUGAAAGCUGCUACCAAUGAUGACUUAAAUAUGCUGAUCAGCUUGUUAGAGAGUCCAAUAUUGAAGAGCAUAGCAACUCUUCAAGACUCAGUUGGGAUGCUUGCCACUCAAGUAGCGCACCAUCCAUCAAUACUUCCUGGGGACUUCGAUAUUACUCCGGCUGGUGACUUGGCUUUGCAAGCCAGGAACCUCUAUGGCAGCCAUGAAGGUGAAGAGGAACAAAGAGUGCCACAGGUGUCACCACCCCACAGCCUUGAGUUUGGCUCUGGCUCAGAUAAUGAACGUAUUCUAGGACUGGAUGAUGCAUCUGUGGAUUCAAACAUGUCACCUAAACAGGUCCGUGGAUUAUUGGAGAUGACGCGCAAUGAUGAUGUGACUUCAAACCAUAAUAUCGUCGCCGGAGAUUGGGCGCAGGUUGAGAUUAUCAACUUGGUGAAUGACGGCACUGGUCUAGGAUUUGGAAUUAUUGGCGCAAGAACAAAAGGGGUGAUUGUAAAAACAAUUCUAGCCGGAGGUGUAGCAGAUCGUGAUGGACGUCUGAAGUCCGGCGAUCAUAUACUCCAAAUUGGAGAUGCUCACCUUAUGGAGAUGGGUUCGGAGCAAGUAGCGGGUGUGCUGCGUGCCUCAGGGUCCCGGGUUCGGCUCGUGGUGGCCCGACCCGUGGACCCCGCCCACACUAAGAUCGGCGGGGGAUCUACUGCGCCCGUUGUGCCUUCGAGACUCCUCUCAGACCCCGAGGCACUGGACCGGUACCUCCUGGACGCUGGUUUCGAACAAGUGUUCCACACGCAGCCGGCGCCGCUUCCACAGAACACUACGUCUCGAUUCAUAUUCGACCAGUCUGUUACACCUCCACCAGAAACAGAUGCUGAGUCUCCAGAAGUUGACCGUUUCACAGUUCAGUUGAAGAAAGAUGAAAAUGGACUAGGAAUAACUAUUGCAGGGUAUGUGUGCGAAAAAGAAGAGCUAUCAGGUAUCUUCGUGAAGUCUGUAACAGCGGGCAGCGCGGCGGCUCUCAGCGGGAAGGUGAAGGUCAACGACCGCAUCGUGGCGGUGGACGGCGUGUCGCUGGCCGGCAAGUCCAACCAGCGGGCCGUCGACGCGCUCAAACAGAGCGGCAACGUGGUCACUCUGGAGCUCGAGAGAUACCUCCGCGGUCCUAAAUUCGAGCAGCUCCAACAAGCGAUCGCAGCAGGCGAAUCAGCAGCCGCCGUGGCGGCGCCGCACAACCCUUUCUUGCACAUGCACCGCCUCGAACCCACCACCUCCGAUGACAUACAGAUGACACCGCUGCCUAACAUCGAGACGGCAUCACCCCCGGGCAGCCCGGCCGGCGGCCGCUCGCAGCCCGCCUUCGAGAUGCCGCGCACGCAGGAACAGAAAGACGCCAUCAAGCGCAAGUGGCAGGCUAUACUUGGUCCGGACGUAGAGAUCGUGGUGGGCGUGGUGACGCGCGGCGGCGGCGGGCUGGGCAUCUCGCUGGAGGGCACGGUGGACGUGGAGGGCGGGCGCGAGGUGCGGCCGCACCACUACGUGCGCUCCGUGCUGCCCGAGGGGCCCGUGGGCCGGGCCGGCGUGCAUCGCCCGGGGGACGAACUGCUUGAGGUGAACGGCCACCGUCUCCUCGGCAUGAACCACCUGGAGGUGGUGUCGAUCCUGAAGGAGCUCUCGCGCGAGGUGUGCAUGGUGUGCGCGCGCGCCCGCCACCACGCGCCCGUGCCCGCGCAUACGCUCGUCAAGGCUAAAUCGGACGGUAGCUUGGCGGGAGCGGGUAUAGAAGAUGGAAAUUCUUUGUCGGCAGGAAGCAAAGUGCGAUCACGCAGUCUUGAGCCACUCACCGGGCUCGCCAUGUGGUCAUCCGAGCCACAGAUCAUAGAACUGGUGAAAGGCGAGCGCGGUCUCGGCUUUUCGAUCCUGGACUACCAGGACCCGCUGCGGCCCGCGCACACGCUGGUGGUGAUCCGCUCGCUGGUGCCGGGCGGCGUGGCGCAGCAAGAUGGCCGCCUCAUACCCGGCGACCGCCUGCUCUUCGUCAACGAUCAGAACUUAGAAGACGCGAGCCUCGAACAAGCCGUAGCGGCAUUAAAGGGCGCCCCCCGCGGCGUGGUGCGCAUCGGCGUGGCCAAGCCGCUGCCGCUGCACGACGCGCCGCCGCCGCUGCCCGCCAGCGCGCCGCCCGCCCCCACCGCCCCCACCGCCCCCACCGCGCCACAUUGACCCACCAGGGUCUAAUUGUUCCUUGACACUACUACCAUGGUACAGUUUCAUGAUGGAACUUAUGAUAAUAUGGAACUUAUAUUAUUUUCCUAGAACUGUGAAUGGAACUAGUGACAAAUAUAUAUUGACACGAGUUCCGUUAUCUCGAGAUCCACUGUAAAUGGAAUUAGUGAAAAAAAAUUCUAUCAUGAAACUCUACUGUGAUACUAGAAUCAACGAACCGGUUAAAUAACACAUAGUAUAUUGACGAUUAAGUUAAUAUCACACUACAAGCCAUUCUUACAUUAAAAGAAGGAUACUUAAAUAUUUUAUCAUAGAAACAAGCUUGAUUCACUACGAAAGCUAAAAAGCUAAAGGCGUGGUGCGCAUCGGCGUGGCCAAGCAGCUGCCUCCACCGCGCUGCCUACAUCGCCCACUGCCACCACCACACUGGCCGGUCCUCAUUGACCCACCAGGGUUUAUUAACACACUAUAUAAUCGAUACAUUCGAUACAUUGGCAAAAAACCCGUCUGAACUAUCCUUAAACCAAUAAAGAACAAUAUGAGGAGUUAGUAUACUUAUAAUGACAUAGCUGCAUUGACCCAUCAAUCACCAUUAUCAAACAAAAUGAAAUAAGCCUAUAUCUCAUUCACUAGGAAGUCAACAAUUUUAGAUAUUGGUUAUAUAUUAAAUAAUACUAAAAUUACAAAAGUCAAUGCUAUUACCGACUUAGGUGUAAAAUUCGAUAGCAAAUUACUGUUUGACGAACACGUGGAUUAUAUAGUAUCUAAAGCAUCUAAAGCACUUGGAUUUAUUAUGAGAGUCUGUUCAGACUUUCAUGAUAUUAAAUGUAUUAAAGUGCUAUAUUGCUCCUUUGUCCGAAGUCACCUCGAAUAUGCCUCGCAGGUGUGGAACCCUCAAUAUAACGCCUAUAAAGAUCGCAUUGAGGGUAUCCAAAAGAAAUUUUUGAGAUACUUGGACUACAAGGCCCGAACUAGUUCACACGGUUAUGAACAAAGAUGUAGGCGUUAUCACUUCCUUCCACUUGAAAUCAGACGUGUAAUCAAUGAUGUCGGUUUCUUGAUUGGAAUAGCCAAAGGCUCAGUGGACUGCCCGGAGCUCCUCUCCAAAAUUCAACUUAGAACUGAUUUAUUUCAUUAUAGACAACGACCGCUACUUCGCGUUCCAUUUAGUAGGACUAAAUAUAGACAGAACUCCUUCUCUGUACGUGCUGCUAAGCACUUCAAUAAAUACUCCCAUCGGCUCGACCUGUUCCACAGUAGUAAAAAAACAGUUAGUUGUUUACUGAGUGGAUCCUUUUUCAAUGAUAUUUAAUAAGAAUGUUGCUUUUAUCUGUUCUUUUACUUUAUGUUCAUUUAUACAUUUAUCUAUGUACAUAUGUCAUGACGCAGUUUUUGUAAAUCUUUCCAUGGUUGCAAUUCUACUUGUGAAGUCUUGUAAUUAGCAAUCGCAAUAUAUCAUUACUACUUAUAUAUCAUAUAAAUUAGACUGUAAGACUUCCAUUAAUAAAUAAAAUAAAAUAAAAUAAAAAUAAAAAUCAUUAAGUUUUGUACGAAGCGGGUUUUGAUAACUACGUCAGUUAUGACGUAUUGAAUUGCUUCCGUAUUUUGUUUCAAAUAUUGUUGAUUUUGAAAUUGUGGGUGUAAUUGAAUAACCAUACUUUAAUAUUCUUAAUAUGAUUUAAUAUUUAUAAGUAAAAAAAUAGUAAUAACAGGUAAAAGUGAAAAGUGUGAAGUGCGACUGAUAAACGAUAAAAAUAAAUUACAAGAAAAAAAUUAACUCGAAGACUAAUAAUUUAUAACAUUAUACAGUAAAUAUUUUAACAAUAUCAAAUUUAUUGCCAAAUAGCGAUUCUUAGGUACAUAUCAAUAAUUAAACACUAGCAAACAUAACCUUGUCGCAAGUGACGUCACUAUAGGACGUCAUUGCAUCAUCCGAUGCUUGGUGACGCACGCUUGACGCUAUCAUGAGAAAUCAUUACUUGCAAGCGAUGAUAUUAGUUUGUGAAGUAGAUUACAAUUUAUUGUUUUUUUAGGGAUGCAUGUUUGGCUGGCAGGGGCUGAUUCCGUAAUUGGCGUCACGUCUGUUGAAAGCCCAUCUUUUCUUUAAAUCAUUGAUCGCAUCCAUAAUGUACUAUUUUAAAAUACCUCCAUACAAGUUCUUCACAUCUCCAGACUACGAACUGCCUGCUAGUAAUACUUAUUAUAAUUGUACUUAGCUGUGUCUUAGUUCUAUUUAACUAUUCGUAUCUUACAGCCUUACGUAGAUUCAAGCGUCGUUUAAAUUAUACCUUUAUAGUUCGGUCAUUUUUGGGUAAUCAAAUAGAAUAAUUUUACAUAGGUCAUUCCAUUUAACGUUCCAAAUGGUUACUUACUGUGUUCGAGCCAUUAGCACAGAAGCCUGUGUAUAAGAACUGUUAAAUUAUAUUGUGAUUUGUAGUUAUCUUUCAAAUUAAGCUAUUUGAGAUGUAAAAUAUAAUUAUGCUUUUAUUCCUAUAUUUUUGUUUUAAAGUUAGUGCCUUUUACUUAAUUUCUUAUUUUGGAUAUAAGGAAACCUAUAUAAGUUGACGUUCAAAUUUUAUUAAGUUUAUGUAAAAGAGAUUUAAGGAACUACAUUCAAUUAAUAAUCUUCCGAUUUCUACUAUUGCCUAAAAGUAUUGAAAACACAGAUAAAUUCUUAUAUUAUUAGUACCUUUGAUCCUCAUGGGCUUAUUUUUAUUUUAGAUUCCGAGCGGAAUUGAAUGAUAUAUUAUUUUGUAAUGUUAAAUCAAUUGAAUUUAUUAAAAAGUAGAUAUCUAUUUAAAAUAAAGUUUAUAAUUUA